UCUCAAAAUACUUCAAGAUUGUAACUGAACUGCCCAGAAUCAUUUCAUAUUAGCUUGUUUUAGAUUGCAAGAAAAAUCUGACUUCUUUUUAAUUAUCUACUUGGGCUCUUCUUUUCUUUAGCUAGCUCAUCAGCAUCACAGAUCCUAUUAAGCAGAAAGCAAAUCUGUGUUCUAACUCCUGUUUUCAAUCUGCUUUCCAGGACAUAAUGAUUGACGCGGGCAUCUUAAAAAAUGUUGUUAAUGUGGAUGUUGCUGGCCCAGAAGAUUAUCGUGUAGAUCAUGGUAACACCGUUGCUGAUGUUAACUGUAACCGUUGCAAGACUCCUUUCGGUUGGAAAUAUGUUUUAGUGCCAGAGGAAACCAUAAUACUCAAAACUGGAAGUUUCCUACUGCAUUUGAACAAGCUACUGAUGUGGGAUGGAAAGAAUAUGCUGUAUGCAGAUACAAAUGAGCCUGUUAAAAAUGCUUGAAUUGUGGCCGUAGGGAAGACAUUUGCAACGACAGCUGAUGGAGGACAGCUCAUAUACAUAUAGUAUCAAAUUCAUCCAUUUUUCGGUUACUCGUAAAAUUCUGUUUUGGUGUUUUCUGUGGCUCACACGAUACUCCAUAUGGAAGAAGAGGCAUAAUAAAACCACUAGUUGUUGUUAGAAGAAAGGGAUUGUUUGGUGUUUGAUUUUUUUCACGGUUUUGGAUCAGUAAGCAAUACUCUGUAUGGGCUUUUUCUAUCCGUGUACUACAAUUUCUGUUAUCUGCUUAGGAUCUGUGAUGAACAUGUUUCAGCUGUUAUGAUAGAAAGUAGAUGUU